CACCCACCACCCCCCGUGUUUCCUCCUCACUCACAAACGCUCGAAUGGCCCGGUUCAAUCGUUAGCGACCCGGUGCACCUUUGCCGCUGGUCCCUGUUCAUAUUUUCUCAUUCUGCCUCUGCCGUGUCCUGGUUUGUAUACAUCUCUCAUUUCUUGACUCUCAUUCUUUUUCACUCAUUGCCUCCUCCGGCCCUCCGGCCCCCCCUCUGUCUUUCUCUCUCUCUCUUUCUCUCUCCCUCUCUCGCCGCAGAACACAAUGAGCUCCGGCCUAGUCCCGCGGGACGGGACGACGCGCGAGGAGUAUGACCCCAUGCUCGGCGGCAGGUCGUCGUCGUCCGAGACCGACGUCGAGGACCGCCUGCUGCUGCCUCCCGGCGAGGAGAAGCACGGCGGCAGCAGCAGCAACAACUACCGGCGGCACGCGGGUCACAAGAAGACCUUCCGGUGGAUCAUGGUCCUCACCUGCAUCUCCAUCAUGAUGCUCAUCCCCUUCAUCUUGUCCCAGUUCUUCAACGUGCAGUCCAAGGCCCAGCCGCCGCCGGAGCCGGCCCAUGAUGGAGGAGAUAACAACCAUGCCGGCGAACAACAGCAAGAAAGCCCUCCUCCUCCUCCGCCUUCACCGCCGCCGCCGUCACCACCACCACCACCACCAACGUCUGAGCCGGUAUUGGAGCUGACGACGACAGUAACGCCGCCGGCAACCACAUCGUCGUCACCUCUGGUCCCCACUCAGACGCCGGCGGUGAAGCUGACGCCACAACAGCAGUUCGACUUGAAGACCGGCUUCGGCAUCUCCAACGCGACCUCACUCCGGGAGUAUGUCUUCAACAUCACGCGCGAGCAGCAUGCGCCCGACGGGUUCGAGAAGUCCAUGAUCAAGGUCAACGGCCAGUCCCCCGGCCCCCUCAUCGAGGCCAACACGGGCGACACGGUCCGCGUCACGGUUCACAACCACAUGCCCGAGGAGAGCACCACCAUCCACUGGCACGGCAUCGACCAGAGGAACUCGGUCUGGAUGGACGGCGUCUCGGGCGUCACCCAGUGCGCCAUCCCCCCCGGCGAGUCCUUCACCUACGAGUUCAACCUCACCGACCAGCGCGGCACCUUUUGGUGGCACGCUCACGUCUCGGUCCAGGUCACGGAUGGGCUCUUUGGACCUUUGAUCAUCCAUGACCCCGAUGAAAAGGUUCCGCCUGUUGACGACGACAAGAUUCUCAUGGUUGGCGACCUUUUCCACGAGUACGGGAGCACUCUUCUCACCCAGUACUUGAGCGCCAACCCGCCUUGGGCGCCCAAGAAACCGGGAAGGGAACCUCCCCCGGACAACAUCAUCAUCAACGGCAUGAACACGUUCAACUGCUCGAGCGUCAUGGCCAAAGGCAAGGGUAAAGACCACGCCCCCGGACACGACAUGGGAGACCACAACUCGGGUGCUGCCAUGGGAGAUCACAACCGCUCGGCCAGGGACCACCCCAAGUGCACCUGGGGCUCCCUCUUCAACACACGCGUCAAGAGCGGGUCGACGGCCCGCCUGCGCCUCAUCAACCACGGCACGUCGACCCCGAUCUACGUGACGGUCGACGGCCACGCCCUCGAGAUCGUCGAGAUCGACGGCGUCGAGGUGGCCCCGAUCGCGACGACGCGCGUGUACAUGAACCCGGGCCAGCGCUACUCGGUGCUCGUCCACGCCAACCAGACGGCCGGGAACUACCUGAUCCGCGCCGACGCCGCCGUCCGGUGCUUCCACAUGUCCCACAAGACCCACGACGGCAUGAUGGGCGGCAUGCACGGCACGCCCUUCGGCGCCACCGCCGUCCUGUCGUACGAUGAGACGGACGUCGGCGCCGCGCCGAUCGGCAAGGCCUGGAGCCUCGACGCCAAGUCGACCCCGCAGGUCGGCAAGGAGCCGUGGGGGAGCCGGUGCGAGGACCUGCCGUUCAACCUGCCGAAGCCGGCGCGGAGCAGGCCGGCCUACGACGUCGGCGAGAGGAACCACCACUACUUCACCUUCAGGCAAGAGCGCGUGGGGGACGUUGUCCGUACGCAUGUGAACAAGACGCUUUACACGCCGCUCAGGGACGACGCCUCGCUCUGGAAGGUCCUGCAGCAGGACAUCUCGCCCGAGAACCUGGACGCGCCGCAGCCGAAGCUGGACUUUGGCAAGGACCAGUUCGUCCUGGUCUCGCAGGACGCCAAGGCCGCGCAGAUCGUGGUGAACUCGGACGCGAUGAUGGUGCACCCGUGGCACUUGCAGUGAGUCAACGACUAAAACGUUAUCCGUUCUUGAUGAUACUUGAAAAAGCUAACGCAACUUACAGU